AUGAGUAAUAACGGUACUACCCAAAACCAGAGUACACUACCAUUCACUGAUCAUUCACAGCAUUCACGUCCGUUGAGGAGGUACAGGACAGGUCCCGACGUUCGUGAGAAACGAGACGCCAUGGAUGCUGCUGCGAGGGAAAUCAGCGAGGGAUGGAGAAGGGCGGAAAGUGAUCAUAACAAUUAUUGGAGCGAGAUGGAUGACCAAACUUCAGCGCCUGAGAUUCGAAAACCCACCACUUCCAAACAGUCGUCAGAUAUGAGCACAAAUGCCAGUGAGGUUUUCGAUAACUUUGAUGAGAAAACGAAAUCCCAACAAACAACCUCCAUGAUGUCUUCGCCUACCACCACGAGCUGGAAAAACAAGAUAAGCGCCAAAAUUUCAGAUUGGAGUACAAGUAUAGGUGGCAAACGUUGA